AUGAAGUUGGAACUCUAUGCUUCUGAGGGCGUAGAGAUCCAAGAUCACCUUCGAAUCUAUGUUCAAGUUAGGAACUAUCUAACAGCAAAAUGUCGCGAUGAAGUUGAGUGGACUACUUCGAAAUGUCAUGGUGAACAACAUAUCAGCAGUAUUUUGAAGGAUACUGUAAACCCGUCUUAUUUAGAAGUAAGAGAUAUAUCAGGGGGCUGUGGUUCUAUGUAUGAAAUUCUAAUUCAAUCCGAUAAUUUUAAAGGAAAGUCGAUCAUUCAACAACAUAGAAUGGUUAAAGAGGCUCUCGCAGAAGAAAUUAAGAAUAUGCACGGUUUAACUAUUCGAACGUCAGUACCAAAGUAA